AUGGACGACGGAGAGCUCGAUUUCUCCACGCAUGAAGUGUUUUCGAGUCCGAACAUGGGGGAGCUUCCGAGUAGUGGUUCCAUGGAUAGUUUCUUCGACGAGCUUCUUAAGGACACGCACGCUUGCACGCAUACCCACACAUGCAACCCUCCUGGGCCCGAUUUUUCGCACACUCAUACGUGCUACCACGUGCAUACCAAAAUCGUGCCCGCCCCCGCGGAGGACCAGGUGGCCACCGAUGAUACUGCGGAGUCCGCGGAGAAGAAGUCGAAGAAGCGGCCCCUUGGGAACAAGGAAGCGGUUCGCAAGUAUCGCGAGAAGAAGAAGGCUCGCGCGGCCUCGCUGGAGGACGAGGUUGUGAAAUUGAGGGCUCUCAACCAGCAUUUGAUGAAGAAGUUGCAGAGCCAGGCUGCUUUGGAAGCUGAAAUCGCGAGGCUGAAGUGCUUGCUGGUGGACAUUAGGGGCAGGAUUGAAGGGGAAAUUGGGUCCUUUCCGUACCAGAAGUCGCCUAUUGCGAACCCUCCAGGGGUUAACCUGCCUGGUUCUUAUGUGAUGAACCCUUGCAACUUGCAGUGUGAUGAUAGGGUGUAUUGCCUUCACCCUGGAGCUGAUGGGAAGAUCGGGGAGAAUGUGUCGUUAAAUGAGGAAGGGUUUGGUGGUUGUGAAUUUGAGAACCUGCAGUGUCUAGCAAGCCAGAAUUUGGGGCUCAAGGAGCUUCGUACGUGUGCAGUUGGACAGGCAGGGUCUAAUGUAAAUUCUUCCGCCUCAAAAAGAAAAGGGGGAUCUCGUGCAGCAACAGCUGGUUGA